CUUUCUCCAGGAAGUACUGUUAUGCGGGUGACGGCAUUUGAUGCAGAUGACACUUCUACAGAUAAUGCUGUGCUGAGAUACAACAUCCUGAAGCAGACUCCAGACAAACCAUCUCCAAACAUGUUCUACAUUGACCCAGAGAAAGGAGACAUUGUCACAGUGGUAUCUCCAGCCAUGUUGGACCGCGAAACAUUGGACAAUCCAAAAUAUGAGCUCAUCAUAGAAGCAAAGGACAUGGCUGGACAUGAAGUUGGGUUGACUGGGACCACCACUGCAACAAUCGUCAUUGAUGAUAAAAAUGACCAUGCACCAGAAUUCACCAAGAAAGAGUUCCAAGCCACUGUCAAAGAAGGCAGCACUGGUGUGAUUGUGAAUCUAACCGUUGAAGAUCGAGACGACCCGGCCACAGCUGCAUGGAAGGCAGUUUACACCAUCAUCAAUGGCAAUCCAGCCCAGAGCUUCAAAAUCCACACCAAUGCCGAGAACAAUGAAGGGAUGUUGUCAGUUGUCAAGCCUUUGGAUUAUGAGAUCUCAGCCUUCCACACGCUCCUGAUCAAAGUAGAAAAUGAAGACCUCCUGGUUCCGGAUGUCCUGUAUGACACCAGCUCCACAGCCACUGUUCAGAUCACAGUUCUAGAUGUUAACGAGGGGCCCAUUUUCCACCCUAAUCCAAUGGUUGUCACCAAACAAGAGAACAUCCCCAUUGGAAGUGUUGUCUUAACAGUUAAUGCCACUGAUCCAGACACUUUGCAGCAUCAAACUAUAAGAUACUCCACCAACAGAGAUCCAUUAGACUGGUUGGAAAUUAACCCUACCAAUGGAACCAUUCGUACCAAGGGCAUGCUUGAUCGCGAAUCCCCUUCCGUCUUGAACAAUGUCUACACCGCAUCUUUUUUGGCAAUAGACAGUGGUAGCCCUCCAGCUACAGGUACAGGAACGUUGCAGAUUAUCUUGGAGGAUGUGAACGACAACGCCCCUUCUCUUUACCCAACGGUAGCCAGUGUCUGUGAAGAUGCGAAAGAUGUAAAAGUUGUCAUUGGUGCCUUAGAUAAAGACAUUCACCCCAAUCAAGAGCCCUUCAAAUUUGAGUUGAGCAAACAAUCAGGUCAAGAUAAAGUAUGGAAGCUUACCAGAAUUAACAAUACCCACAGCCAGAUUGCCGUGCCCCCCAAUUUGAAGAAGGCCAAUUAUAUCAUCCCCAUCUUGGUGACGGAUCCUGGAACACCUCCUCUAAGUAACAAUACGGAACUGAAAAUCCAAGUGUGCUCCUGCACAAAAUACAAAGUUGACUGUAGUGGUUCUCCUACAUUUUACCCCAGCACAGUUCUGAUCUUCCUCUGGCUCUUCAGUUUAUGCUGUCUGUAAGAACUCCUGACAUUUAAAGCUGGCCUAUCGUUUCACCAUGGUGACAAGCAAAAGGCGUACUAUCCCAAACAGAAGAUCACCUCUGACUUUUUCAACUCCUCCUUCUCCAAAGCUUGGUUGCUUCAGAAAGGGCCUUUCUCGACUUCAGCUCAGUGUCCUCCCAGCAACUGGAUUGUAUUUGACAAAAGUUGCCACGACUUCACUCCAGAUUCCUUCCUCAAGAGCAUUGGACACGAUGACCUCUUGUUGAAAAAGAGAGCAAAACCACCACCACCACAACAACAAAAUAAACACAAUCAAAACUCGGUCUUCUGGGAGCCAAAUUACGCAAUGACUCUGUCUCCCCUUCCCACCUCUCUGUCAACUUGUUGCUAUUGAACUGUUUUAAAACAAUUGUCUGUGGGUUAGUAUUUGUAUAUGUAUGAGUGUAUGUAUAUAUAUAUAUUUAUAGAGAGAGAAGAGAUAUACCAAUAGGAUUAGCUUUUGUAUGGCUUUCACAUUAGGCUUGGGGGUCAUUGGGGCAGAGGAACAUGGAAGCAGGGUGAUGGGUGACCACCAGUAGCUCUGCUCAGCAUUUAUGCUAUGUGUAAAAUAGUGUUUCUCAACCCAGUGUUUUCUCAACCUUGGUAACUUUUAAGAGUUGCGGACUUCAACUCCCAGAAUUUCCCAACCAGUGCAGCUCUUAAAUUUUCUACGGCUGAGAAACACUGGAGUAACCCAAAGGAGAGAGUUUCCGACAAGAGGAUUGUGUGAAGCAGCUGAUUCAGUAUCAUCCCUUAAGAGGAAAAAAAACCAAGAGAGAGAGAGAGAGAAUCUCCCUGUGUUUUAUAAUAUAGGAUGCCAUCAUUCCCUUUGAUUUUCCAUUCCAUUCCCAAGGAUUGGAGUCAAACGUCUUGCCCAGCUUGAUAUGCUCAGCCAGUAUGAGAGUAGAUCUUCCAUUGGGUGGCAUGCUAUGAAGAUGAACUUUUACAAGAGAAUAAAAAUGUUAAAAUCCUGUUCUGCUCACCCUUUAGAGAUUUCUUCUUCUUCCUCUUCCUCCUCCCUAGAUUAAACCUUCUUUGCCUUCUUCGUGUCUUCCUCCUCCUCUCUAGAUUAAAUUUUCCCCUUCUCCCUUCUCAGUCUCCUCCUCAGAUUAGACUUUCUUCUCUCCUUCUCUUGCUUUUCUUCCUCAUCCUCAAAUUAAACCUCCUCCUCCUUCUUCCCUCUCCUCCUCCUCCUCCUCUUCCUGAAGGGCAGACAUUUUGGUACAAAGGGUUUUAUUCUCUUUUAUAUUGAUAGUUUCAUUGACCAUCAGCAUGUGUGUUAAUUGCUGGGGCGAUCUGUUAGCUUUUUUAUCAUUUGAGGAUGGUUGGGGGGGCUUGGGGAAGGCACUUAAGCUAUUUUAAUGUUGAAGCUUACGGAGAAACGAAGCUUCCUUG